AGACGAUCUCAUCCUCUGUGGCCUGAGCUUUCUGACCCCUCUCGCUGUCUCUGACCUCAAAACAUAACAAUAAUCCCAGCCGUUAUUAUUAAAGAGUCUCUCUUCCACAGCACCCAUGGCCCCUAAGAAAGUCGAAGCCAAGAAGCCGGAGCCCAAAAAGCCCGAGCCGAAGAAGCCCGAGCCGAAAAAAGAGGCCGCCCCGACGCCAGCUCCCGCCGCUCCGGUCGAACCCGAGCCGCCCAAGGAACCGGCGUUUGACCCAAAGAGCGUGACGGUGGAGUUCACAGCUGAGCAGAUCGAGGAGUUCAAGGAAGCCUUCCAGCUGUUUGACCGCACACCGACGAACGAGAUGAAGAUCACGUACGCGCAGUGCGGAGACGUGAUGAGGGCGCUCGGUCAGAACCCCACCAAUGCCGACGUCCUGAAGGUCCUCGGAAAGCCACGGGCCGAGGAGAUGCACAGCAAGAUGCUGGACUUUGAGACCUUCCUGCCCAUGCUGCAGCACAUCUCCAGGUCCAAGAAUAAAGGCAACUUCGAGGACUUCGUCGAGGGCCUGCGGGUCUUUGAUAAAGAAGGCAACGGGACCAUCAUGGGGGCGGAAUUGCGUCACGUCCUGGCGACGCUCGGAGAGAGGAUGACCGAGGACGAAGUGGAUCGACUCAUGGCGGGGCAAGAGGACGCCAACGGAUGCAUCAAUUACGCAACUUUUGUCAAACAUAUCCUCUCUGGUUGAGCUGGACUUGGGAUAAAAUUUCAUUAUAAAGCAUUUUAAAGGUUUAUGAUGUAUUAGUGGCAGCUUAACGCAAUAGUAAUGUAGUUUUGUAGACAAAUACGUCUGUCACAAGAGACGAUUACGAGAAACUCUUUACUUUUCCAAAUAUUUAAUUGCAUACUCAAACAUGUAAGGAAUAAAACGUGACUCAUGAA